CAGAGGAGGAGUAGUUGCCUGCACCCUUCUUCUUCACCGGCCCUCUUUAACUUCCUUAAUUCCCUGCUCUUUCAUUCUUUAAUCUUCUUCAAUCCCCCUGUUUAGGACGACACCUCUCUGUUCACCAUUGUAUGCUUCUUGAAAAACCCAAAAAAACCCAUUCUUUAAUUUCCCCAUUGUUCAUUUUUAACUCCCUUAAUUCAGCUUCUUCAAUUCAAUCCUCUCUGAUCUGCUUUCCAGUUACUAAUUGAGGUUUUAAAUUGAAAUGGCUUCUCCUUGGGCCUCUGCUGCUACGGCGGCGGCGGCGCUCUGUUUGGCUGUCCUGUGUUUCUAUUCCAUGUCGGGCUGCUCUGCCGCCGACGAGGACUACGAUGGAUUCGACCUUAUUCCGGUCGACCUACUGAAGGGCUCUGCCUCCGACUUCAUGGGGUCGUUGAAGACCACCAUAGAUAUCGUCCGGCAGGUCACCUCCGUCGUGUCCAGGUUCGGCGGUUUCUUCGGCGGCGGCGAUUUGAGGCUCUCCCACGCCGUCUCCGACUGCCUUGAUCUUCUCGAGCUCUCCGCCGACGAGCUCUCCCUCACUCUCUCCGCCUCUCAGAAUCCCAAUUACGGCAAAAAGGAUAACGGGACGACUGGGAAUUUGAGCGCCGAUUUGAGGACGUGGCUGAGCGGCGCAAUGACCAAUCAAGACACGUGCUUGGAAGGCUUCGCCGGAACUAACGGUAUCGUCAAGAAUUUGGUCGCCGGCAGUUUGACCCAGAUCGGUUCCUCCGUCCGGGAUGCUCUGACCAUGGUUCGCCCGACUCCGGGAAGACCGCCCAAGCGGAUCAACAGGAAUUUGAGAGAAAAACUCCCGUAUUGGGUGAGACCCAGUGACCGGAGACUUCUCCAGGCGGCCGGAAUGAAGCCGGACGCCGUGGUGGCGCUCGACGGAACAGGGAAUUUCACUUCCGUUAGCGACGCUGUCGCCGCCGCCCCGGACACGAGCUUCCGCCGGUAUGUGAUAUACGUGAAGAAGGGGGUGUACAGAGAGUACGUGGAGAUCGGUAAGAAGAAGUGGAACUUGAUGCUGAUCGGAGACGGGAUGGAUGCCACCAUUUUUUCCGGCAACCGGAGCUUCAUUGACGGCUGGACCACAUACAGAUCUGCUACUUUCGCUGUGAAAGGCCGUGGAUUUAUAGCACGGGACCUGACAUUUGAGAACACGGCGGGGCCGGAAAAGCACCAGGCGGUGGCGUUCCGAUCCGAUUCCGAUCUGUCGGUGCUGUACCGGUGCGGGAUCAGGGGUUACCAAGACACGCUCUACGCGCACUCCAUGCGCCAGUUCUACCGCGAGUGCAAGAUCACCGGCACCGUCGAUUUCAUCUUCGGCGACAGCACCGCCGUCUUCCAGAGCUGCGAGAUCUCCGUCCGGAAGGGCCUUCCGAGUCAGAAGAACACGAUCACCGCCCACGGCCGCAAGGAUCCGGCCGAGCCCACCGGAUUCUCCCUCCAAUUCUGCAACAUCACGGCCGAGCCGGAUGUGAUCGCCGCCGCUAACGCCACCGCCAACUACCUCGGCCGCCCGUGGAAGCUCUAUUCGCGCACGGUGGUCAUGCAGUCGUACAUGGCCGCCGCGAUCCGACCCGAAGGAUGGCUUGAAUGGAACGGAACUUUCGCACUGGACUCCCUGUUUUACGCGGAGUUCGCCAACUACGGGCCCGGGUCGGGCUUGGGUACGCGGGUCAAGUGGCCCGGUUACCAUCUGAUGAACAACUCGGCCCAAGUACAUAACUUCACGGUGGCCGAGUUCCUCUUGGGUGACUCGUGGUUGCCGUCAACGGGCGUGAAAUACACGGCCGGGUUGUCGGGUUAGCCCAAUGCUCUUGGUUUUUUUGACCCGAUCCAUUUUAUUCGUGUAUGGGUUCUUCCACAAUUGAUAAUGUGUUUAUGUUUGAUAGUGUGACAAUUGGCUAUGUACUCCGUAUUAAGGAAUUGUUUAUUUAGAUUGAUGCAAAGGAUUAUUGAUUAUUGUGUAAUUUGUGUACCAUUAUGACACUUGUAAUUUGGUGUAUGUUGAGUUAUGCAGAUAUAUAGUAAGAAUGGUGUUUUGAAAGAAACUUAAAAUAAAUUA